CCUAUGAAGAUUUUAGGACCAGAAGAAGGUAGCAGCAAGUAAUGUCUCUGAGAAGGGUAUUUCGGUCCCGGAAGGGCCUUUCGAGUUGCUCUCAGGAUCUCAGAACCCUAAAAGCAGAAGGGAUCGAAGCAGACCAACAAAAGCUCGGAGGCAGUGAUGAUGAAGAAACCAAGGAAGGAAUUGUAGCUUCUCCGGAUGAGGAUUGCUGGUCCAAAAUGCUUCCCGAGCUUCUCGGGGAGAUCAUCCAGCGAGUCGAGAUCAGCGAAGACCGGUGGCCCGUCCGGAAGAACGUUGUCUCCUGUGCCUGUGUCUGCAAGAGAUGGAGAGACGUCACCAGAGGGAUCGUUAGGUCUCCCCUCCAAAGCGGGAAGAUCACUUUCCCUUCUUCUCUCAAGCAGCCGGGGCCUCGUGACACUCCCCUUCAAUGUUAUAUCAAACGGAACAAAAAGACCUCCACUUUCUAUCUUUAUCUUGGGCUGACUCCAACAUUGAUGGAUAAAGGGAAAUUCCUUUUAGCGGCACGAAGAUUUAGGCAUGGUGCUCACACUGAAUAUAUAAUCUCUCUUGAUGAUGAUGAUCUGUCCCAAGGAAGUAAUGCUUAUGUUGGGAAGCUGAGCUCGGACUUCCUUGGCACCAAAUUCACAAUCUAUGACAGCCAGCCACCGUAUACUGGCGCUAAGCCCUCAAGCAAUAGAGCAAGUCGUCGAUUUGCAAAUAAGCAAAUCAGUCCCCAGGUCCCAGCAGGCAACUUUGAGAUUGGGCAGGUCUCCUACAAGUUCAACCUUUUGAAGUCCAGAGGGCCUAGAAGGAUGCUCUGCACACUGCAGUGUCCGUUGGUGAAAGAAAAUUCCCAUGAAGGGUCCGAGAAGAGCUCUGUAAUACAGAGCCCAGCUGCUUCUGAGUCUAUGAUUCUGAGGAACAAGGCUCCAAGAUGGCAUGAGCACUUGCAGUGCUGGUGCCUGAACUUCCAUGGACGCGUUACAGUUGCUUCUGUAAAAAAUUUUCAGUUGGUUGCAUCUGUGGACCCCAGUCAGCCGGAUGGGAAAGGGGAUGAAGACAUUGUACUGUUGCAGUUCGGGAAGGUUGGGGAUGAUGUGUUCACAAUGGAUUACAGGCAGCCCUUGUCAGCUUUUCAGGCAUUUGCAAUCUGUCUCACUAGCUUUGGUACGAAACUUGCCUGUGAGUAAAAUUUGUAUGUUAUUAUUACCUUCUUUGUAUUCAAGGAAUAUGAUGGUGUUGCUAGCAGCAGCCUGUGGAUGUUAUAAUGUUUGGCUUUAUAUUUCAAUAAUUCUAUACUAUAAGAGCAAUUUGCUUCACAA